GUUCUCGGAGUCGGACGGGAAGGCUGAACUUUUUCCUCCUUUGCUACGUGGUGUCCUCUAAGCUGGGAAAGAUGUGGAAGCGCCCGCUACUCGUGGCCACUCUCUCUCUCCUGUGGGCGCGGGCGGGGGCUCAGUAUGAGCGCUACAGCUUCAGGAGUUUCCCGCGCGACGAGCUGAUGCCCUUGGAGUCUGCCUACCGCUACGGCCUGGACCAAUACAGCAACGAGAACUGGCCCGAGACCGUGAACUACCUGGAAAUGAGCCUGCGUCUCUAUCGCCUUCUGCGGGACAGCGAGGCCUUCUGUCACCUCAACUGUAGCUCUGUCCGCAUGGAGGAAGAGAAGGAGGCCGACCGUUUCGACGGUUUCCCGGAGCUGCGCUAUUUCGGGGACAUGUUACUCAGAACGCAGUGUUUGAAACGCUGCAAGCAAGGGCUGCCGGCCUUCCGCCAGUCUCAGCCCAGCAGGGAAGUCCUGGAAGAAUUCCAGCGCCGCGAUCCUUACAAGUUCUUGCAGUUCGCCUACUUCAAGGCAAACAAUUUUCCAAAAGCUGUUGCAGCUGCACAUACAUUUCUUCUGAAACAUCCGGAUGAUGAAAUGAUGAAAAGGAAUAUGGCAUAUUAUAAAAGCAUGCCUGAUGCUGAAGAUUAUAUUAAAGAUUUAGAAAUCAAAUCAUAUGAGACUCUCUUUGUCAGGGCAGUAAGGGCCUACAAUGGAGAAAACUGGAGGACCUCAAUUUCAGACAUAGAACUGGCACUUCCUGAUUUCUACAAAGCCUAUGAUGAUUGUACAGCUGCCUGUGAAGGCUCCCGAGAGAUCACAGAUUUUAAGGAGUUUUAUCUGUCUAUUGCAGAUCACUAUACUGAAGUUCUUAAGUGCAAACUGAGAUGUGAAAUUGAUCUGACACCUGUCAUAGGGGGCUACGUUGUGGAAAAAUUUGUGGCUACUAUGUAUCACUACUUGCAGUUUGCCUAUUAUAAAUUGAAUGAUUUGAAGAAUGCAGCUCCAUGUGUUGCUACUUACAUGCUUUUCGACCAGAAAGAUGAAGUGAUGAAACAGAAUCUUGUCUAUUACCAAUACCAUAAAGAUAAAUGGGGACUCACAGAUGAAGAUUUCCACCCUAGAGCUGAAGCCAUUCGAUAUUACAACAUAACAAUGCUACACAAAGAAAUGUAUGAAUUUGCUAAAGAGUAUGUGAUGGAUGAUGAAGAAGGUGAAGUAGUAGAAUACCUUGAUGAACUCCUGGAAGUAGAAGAUGGAACACAAUGAUUUUUAACAAGAAGGUUAAAAAGCAAAUAUUCACCAUUGCUCCUAAGUAUUUCCAUGCAUCAUCUUUAGCUCAGGUUUAGAAAUACAUCAGAUCUUUAUCAAGUUUUAUUAAAUGCCUGACUCAUCCUAUUAAUUUUCUACCUUGUCAUUCAGGUUAACCUUGUUUUUCUUUAUUUCCUUUAAAAAAUAUUAUUAAAUUUCUUUGUCACCUAUCUCACUAUGGGCUAUUUUAGGCUGCUCCCAGUUAUAAAAAAUAGAGAUAAAAAGGAAGUUUAAACAAAGUAAAAGUAACAUAGAACAAUGUGAACAUUUUGAGCAAUUUUUUCUAGUCAUUCUGCUGAGGAAAGGCAUCAUGAUUUGGAUUUGAAUUUUGAGAGAUAGGGAUCUUUGUGGUUUGUUCUGCAUGAAAAGAGUUUUCAGAUGAAGAAUAGAAUAUAAAUUAUUCAAAUGAGUAAAGGCACAACUCUAUAAUUUCAGAGGAUGUUUUAUGUAUUAUAUUGCACAGUGCAUUUAAAUAAAGUCUGAGUCUUAAGCCACAAGCACUUACUUUGAAAUAGCUGAAACUGCAGUCAUAUACUUACAAGCUUACAUGUUCAAACUUACAUGUAGUCCUCAUCUUAUGAUCUGAUUUCAAAGCUAAGAUGGCUAUUCUCUCGUAGUCACAUGAUCACAUUUUGGAUACUCAGCAACCAGACCACAUUUACAGCUGUUUGUAGGGUCUAAGUUAUUUUUUUUCUGAAACCAGUGUUUACUUCCAGUUUCCAAAAAAGUCUCCCCAAGAGUAAACAAUGGGUUUGCUUAAUGACUUCUGCAUUUAUUUAUGAUCAUAGUCUAUUUUUAACAACCACUUCAAAAAAGAUCAUGUGACAAUCUGCUUCAUUACCAUCAAGAUUGAUUACCAUAAUUGCCAAACUUAACUAUUGUCAUAAGUUGGGGACUGCCUAUAUUUGGAAGUCAGUGCCUUGAACUUGGAGCUUUUUUCUAAGUAGAGAUCCAUAGGAUUGCACUCUAAAUUGGCUAUAAUGAGAGUGCAGAGAAGAAAAUCCAUUGAAGUUUGUGAUUUUAGUAAAUCUAAAAGGUGCCACAAGAUUUUCUUUCUAAAUGUUCAACAGUUUAACAUCUAAGGCUUUAAUCACAGAAGAAAAAUAAGAUGGCUGGAUACGUUUUUAAAAAAGAGUUAAAUCAAAACUGAAAUGGUUCACUACGUGCAUCCAGUAAUUAAUAUUACUUUAAAGAAACUAAACUUUAGAAAAGCAGGUAUAUCAGGAUGAGUUUGUACAUUCUCCAGAUUCAGACUUUUGAAAAAUUUGUGAUAAUUUUUUUCUGACUAAAGCUGUGUACAGGUAGCCCUCAACUUCCAAUCAUUAUUUAACUAUUGAAGUUACAAUGGAACUGGAAAAAGUGACUUACAAUUGCUACUC